AUGUUCAAUAUCUUGGCUCCCUUUGAAGAGAUGACUUCAGCGAGUUGUUCAGAUGUGUUUGCCUCUGAUGAACGCUUCUCUGGUACUGAGCGAAACCCACUUUACUGUAUCGCAACUUUACUAGAUCCAAGAUAUAAAGAUCUAUUUUUCUAUAAUGCAGACACUUCCAGGGAGGCAAAAGAAAUACUGGAACUGCAAAACAUUUCUAAAGAGGCAAUUGUAUCUGAGGACGAGCAUGAAGAACCAGCUUCCAAAAGGCCUCAUUGUGACCAGCUAGGCAGCAGUCUGGACAGUGUCUUUCCAGAAAUUGCUGGUGGUGAAGGUUCAUCUACAUCUGAGAGCAGUGCUCCAAAAGCUGGAAGCUUACCUGAGAGAGAGCACUGUACCUCGUUCAGAGAAACCCCUGGAGUACUGGGCAGCUGCCAGGAAGCAUUGGCUCUGCUCUCUACUACAGCGCAUGCUUCUGUCACACUAAUGCAUGGGAACCUGCGAUCUGGGACAGGAGCCAGCAGUGCCAGUACCAGCCAUCAGUACCAUCUCCACCAGCAGUACCCGCCAGCAGUACCAGUACCCACCAGCAGUACCAGUACCAGCCAUCAGUACCGUCUCCACCAGCAGUACCCGCCAGCAGUACCAGUACCCACCAGAAUGCUACUCAUACCUGGAGCAGCUAACUACCUUGCAAGGAACUAUCCUAGAGAUCAGCCAGCCAGUCUACAAGUAUUUGGCAAUAGGACAGAAGAUACAGCGAGCAAGAGUGCAGUCCCUCCUGAACUACCCAACUUUAUGAUGAGUCUCUACCAAAAUUUUCAUCGCUUAGAGACCAGAGAGGGUACAGAGCUAAGAUCCACACCACAACAAAGGUCUCCAUCUAGUCCACAGGCUGAUAUUAUCAGAAGUCUAGCUGCUAAAGAAUUCGAACAAGUUGGCAAGAGAUGUAUUCUAGUCUUUGACUUCUCAUCUCUCAGUCAUGAUGAACAACUUCAGUUUGCAGAGGUGCGAUUUGGGAAAGAUACAUUAACAAAAAUGCACAGUGAUGGGAUGCCACUCAACAUUGACAUUUUCCAUCAAUACUACACAUGCCAGGAUUCUCAGGAGCAAUGCCAGAAUUAUGUCUACUUGGGCUCAACUACCUGUGAAAAUGGGGCCUCAGAAAGCCGGAUAGUGGUGGAUGUUACAGCAAUGGUCCAUAAGUGGUUUCAAAUUAACUAUAAAGCUGACUAUAACACAGCUGUUCAUCUCAAGAGGAGAUACAAGGAACAAAAGCCUGAGGAUCAGCAGGUGCUGAUGUUUGUAUAUUCCAAUGUGCCCAAGAAGGAAAGGUCUUCCGUGACUGCGACCCUCUUGCUAGAUGCAGCACAUUCUAAAUAUCUAACCACAAUUCCAUUCUUGAUAAACAAAUCUACAUCAAGAAGACGAAGAAGAAGCCACAUGAUCAGGGAUCGUGUCAUUGGCAUAAAACAAGCCCCACUAGCUGACAGUAAAAUAGAUCUUUGUAGAAGAGUGGACUUCAUUGUGGACUUCAGAAUGAUUGGCUGGGAUGCCUGGAUCAUUCACCCCAAAAAAUUUAACGCCUAUCGGUGUGAAGGUACCUGUCCAAGCCCUGUGAAUGAAAGUGUCAAACCAAACAAUCAUUCAUAUUUGCAGAGCUUGAUAAACUUAUACAACAGCGAAAAAGCUCCAGAGGUGUGCUGCGCUCCCAUCAGGAUGAGCUCUCUCAGCAUGGCUUACUAUGACAACAUGGAUAUUGCCUUCCAAAGUCAUGAAGCCAUGAUAGUAGAAGAGUGUGGAUGCCAGUGACGGGAC